CAGACCAACGACGCAGAAGAAGAUCGAUAGUUCGAGACUCACACGACGAUGACAAGCAAACCAUCCAUGGGAUUGGGGAUGAAGCGCGCGAGGGAGGAGCAGCCCGUCUCGCUGGCGCUGUCCCUUACCACGGACUCCACGCCCUCGUGCACGACGUCGGCCGACUCGGCCGGCGCGGCGCCCAUGGCGGCAAGGAAGAGGGCGCGCCGUGGGCGGGUGGUGGCGACCUCUGGGGAGGGGGAAUUCGUGUGCAAGACCUGCGGCCGCGCCUUCGCGACCUUCCAGGCGCUCGGCGGGCACCGGACCAGCCACCUCCGCGGCCGCCACGGGCUGGAGCUCGGCGUCGGCGUCGCAAAAGCCAUCAAGAACAAGAAGCCGAGCGAGGACAAGCAGUCGCACGAGUGCAACAUCUGCGGGCUCGGCUUCGAGACGGGCCCGGCGCUGGGCGGCCACAUGAGGCGGCACCGUGAGGAGAUGGCGCUCAGCAUCGGCGCCGGCGGUGCCGACCACCAGUGGCUCAUCGCGCGGCCGGACCAGAAAGAGGUGGUGGGGCACGGCGCGCACCGCCCGCCAGUAUUGCUCGAGCUGUUCGUAUAGCUAGCACUAGCUGGAUCUGCUGACUCUUACUUAGUGCAGGACCUGUAAAUUUCUUUGAAGUCGGAUAUACGUUUAUUCUGUUCUCAAGAAAGAAAGAAAGAUGUACGUUUAUUCUUCAAUCUACUACCUGGUUAGCGUUUU